ACCACCAUCCUCUACAAGCUGAAGCUGGGGGAGAUCGUCACCACCAUCCCCACCAUAGGCUUCAACGUGGAGACGGUGGAGUACAAGAACAUCAGCUUCACCGUGUGGGACGUGGGUGGGCAGGACAAGAUCCGGCCCCUCUGGCGGCAUUACUUCCAAAACACCCAG